CUACCGCGCUAAUUUCCGCUGCGCGGCAAGCAUUGCCGCAUCCUGUGGACAGAAGCUAUAAAUAGGGCGCAUUCUCUGUUGCACUCUGUGUCUCUUGUUGGAAAAUAUGUUGAGAAUCAAAAAUCAAUUGUCCAUUCAAUUAAGCAAGCAAGGAAAUAUCAAUAAAUAAAGGAUGCUGUUUAUUAUCGACGAGGUAUAAUACAUAGUGCAUAUUUAACCUCGACAUUUUGUAAAAUUACAAGAACCAGAGGACCACCUACAUUCAAACUGAAAAAUAAUCUUAUUACAUACAUUCAUCUAAUGCAACUCUUUGUAUGCAUGGUAUUUGUUAUCAGAUUACAAUCCAUUCUUGGCUAAAAUACCGUUUAACAAUUUAAAUUAAAAAGAAAGCUAUUUGCCAGUAAUCUUUAAAACAUUAUAAUGGACUACGAGAAAUAUUACAAAGUACUACCGGAUGAAACAUACAGCAUACAUUUUGCAAAUAAGAAAGGAUUCACUAAAGAAGAUAUAAAUAACAUGUUUUCAUCUUUUGGAAAGGUUUUAAGCAUUACCUGGAAUGGAGAAAUAAAAAAUGGACUCAUAUUUAUAAAAUAUAAAACAUUGAAGGAAACAUUAUAUUGUUUGGAAAGCUUACACAAAAGUGACACACGGAUAUUGCCACAGAAGGAUAAAAUUAGUAAACCGAAAUCUCAGAGAAGUUCCAAUAAAUGGCUAGCAGGAAGAACAGAUAGUUUAAUUCCGAAAUUUUUUACUGAUAAGAAAUAUAAUUCAAAUUCUACCUAUAGUCAUAAGAUCAUUGCAAAUACAGAAGAGCCAACUUGUAAUAGAAAAAAUUCAGAUUACAAUAACAAAUCUGACUAUACUAGCAACUUUUCACAUCUUAGUUCUCUGAAACCAAAACACGACUAUAAACCUAAAUUUAAUUUGAAUGAGUUUGAACUUGACAAGCUUAAUCCAUUAAUAUUAAACGAAGAAUGUUCACAGUACCAAAAACAACAAAAUUCUGAUUACAAAAUAUCUUCUUAUUGUAAUCAAGUGACGAAGCAACAGAUUAAAUUUUAUGAACCAUUAAAAUUUGAAGAAAACACCUAUGUGAAUAAGGAUAUAUCUACUGGUAUCAAAAUACCGUCAAGUUCUGAUGUGGAAAUAAAGUCAAAGGGGUCAGAUGAAAAGUUUGGUCACUCGUUGCCAGUUUCAACUAAGAAUACUUUGCCUAAAUCUGUGAUUACAAUGCAAGAAGUGAUAGUUGCUAACAUUCAUACAAAGUAUGAUGUUCAUUACAUUCUACAUUUGUUUCAGAAACAUAAUCCUAUUUCGGCAACGGUUGUAAAGACAAUUUUUCAAACUGACAUACGAUAUUGUCUUGUUUAUUUUAAGAAAAUAGACGAUGCUUUAGCUGUUGAAAAAGAGUUUGAUAAGUUCGCACUAUCCGGAAGAAACCUUAUUGUAUUACGAAAAUCUCAGUCAAACAUCUGUUAAUAGUUUAUAUCAUCUCAUUACUUCAAUAUUGAGUAAAGUAUAUAAACGAAUAUUGAAUAUGCAUUUCUAAACACUAUAUACAAAAUAUUAUUCAUCAUGCAUGAGAUUAUAUUUUACUCGGUCUUUUUAAGUUAAUUUGUCGAUUACUAAGUAGUAUUAAUGUAUGUGAUAAUGUGUUCAAUUUGUAUAAUACAAUUUUUAUAAAAUAACUGUAUAUAAACUUUCUCUUCUGUUUUUUUACAUUAAGUAUUAUGAGCAGCAAAAUUAUAUCUAAAGUUUUUAAUAUAAUUAGCAUUACAAUAGAUUUAUUAUGAA